AGUAGAGAUGCCAGAUCCUGAUGAUACUUUAGGCCAAAUGGAUGGACAUGUUAGACCCGUUCCAACACACAAAGGUUACUUUUUGACCUUUUUGGAACCAGUAAAUAAUAUCACCAUCGUCCAGGGCCAGACAGCAAUUCUGCACUGCAAAGUAGCAGGAAAUCCAUUACCAAAUGUUAGAUGGUUAAAAAAUGAUGCACCAGUGGUUCAAGAGCCAAGAAGGAUCAUUAUAAGAAAAACAGACUAUGGCUCACGAUUACGAAUUCAAGAUCUUGACACAACUGAUACUGGUUAUUAUCAAUGUGUGGCCACAAAUGGGAUGAAGACAAUAACUGCAACAGGAGUUCUUUUUGUAAGACUAGGUCCAACACACAGUCCAAAUCAUAAUUUUCAGGAAGAUUACCAUGAAGAUGGGUUUUGCCAGCCAUACAGGGGAAUUGCCUGUGCACGAAUCAUUGGAAACAGGACUAUUUAUGUGGACUCACUCCAAAUGCAAGGGGAAAUUGAAAACCGGAUUACUGCUGCAUUUACCAUGAUCGGCACAUCCACCCAUUUAUCUGAUCAGUGUUCCCAGUUUGCCAUCCCAUCUUUUUGUCACUUUGUGUUUCCACUGUGUGAUGAGCGUUCCCGGACACCUAAGCCUAGAGAGCUAUGUCGUGAUGAGUGUGAAGUUCUAGAGAAUGAUCUUUGUCGGCAGGAGUACAACAUUGCUAGAUCCAACCCCCUCAUUCUGAUGCAGCUCCAGCCACCUAAAUGUGAGGACCUGCCACUGCCUGAUUCUUUGGAAGCUGCCAACUGUAUAAAAAUUGGAAUUCCUGUGGAACGGCUCAAUAGAUAUCACCAGUGUUACAAUGGCUCUGGUGCAGAUUACAGAGGAACUGUCAGUGUCACAAAGUCAGGCCACAAUUGUCAGUACUGGGAUUCCCAACAUCCUCACUCCCAUGACUUGACAAGUACAGAAUUUCCUGAGCUUGGAGGUGGGCAUGCUUAUUGCCGCAAUCCUGGAAGCCAGAUGGAAGGGCCUUGGUGUUUUACUCAGAACAAAAACAUACGCAUGGAACUGUGUGAAGUACCUUCAUGUAGCCCACGUGACAACAGCAAAAUGGGCAUCCUCUACAUCCUGGUUCCAAGCAUAGCCAUCCCUCUAGUUAUCGCCUGCCUUUUCUUCUUGGUCUGCAUGUGUAGAAACAAACAGAAGGCAUCUGCUACUACUCCACAGCGUCGUCAGUUGAUGGCAUCUCCCAGCCAGGAUAUGGAAAUGCCGCUCAUUAAUCAGCACAAACAGAAUAAACUAAAAGAGAUCAGCCUUUCAACUGUGAGAUUUAUGGAAGAGCUGGGUGAAGAGAAGUUUGGAAAAGUUUAUAAGGGUCACCUAUUUGGUACAGCUCCAGGGGAGCAAACACAAACAGUUGCUAUCAAAACACUCAAGGAUAAAGCAGAUUUAACUCUCCGAGAAGAAUUUAAACAUGAAGCAAUGAUGAGAUCAAGAUUACAACAUCCCAAUAUAGUUUGUUUACUGGGAAUAGUGACCAAAGAACAGCCCAUCAGUAUGAUUUUUAGCUAUUGUGCUCAUAGUGAUCUCCAUGAGUUCCUUGUUAUAAGAUCUCCCCACUCUGAUGUUGGUAGCACUGAUGAUGAUAAGACAGUGAAAUCAACAUUAGAGCCAGCUGAUUUUUUUCACAUUGUAACUCAGAUAGCAUCAGGAAUGGAAUAUCUCUCAAGCCACCAUGUGGUCCACAAAGAUUUGGCCACCAGAAAUGUACUUGUCUUUGAUAAACUCAGUGUGAAAAUAUCUGAUUUAGGUCUUUUCAGGGAAGUUUAUUCUGCUGAUUACUAUAAACUAAUGGGAAAUAAUCCUCUUCCUAUUCGAUGGAUGUCCCCUGAAGCAAUCAUGUAUGGCAAAUUUUCAAUUGAUUCUGACAUCUGGUCUUACGGAGUAGUGCUGUGGGAGAUCUUCAGCUAUGGCUUGCAGCCUUACUGUGGCUAUUCCAAUCAAGAUGUCAUUGAGAUGAUUAGAAAUAGGCAGGUUUUGCCAUGCCCAGAUGACUGUCCUGCAUGGAUGUACUCACUGAUGUUAGAAUGUUGGAAUGAAUUUCCCAAUAGAAGACCAAGAUUCAAAGAUAUCCACAACAGACUGAGAACAUGGGGAAACCUGUCAAAUUACAACAGUUCUGCGCAAACCUCUGGUGCAAGCAACACUACACAAACCAGUUCCCUCAGUACAAGCCCUGUUAGUAAUGUAAGCAAUGCCAGGUAUGUUGGGCCAAAGCAGAAAACUCAAGCUUUCUCUCAGCCACAGUUCAUACCAAUGAAAGGACAGAUAAGACCAAUGGUCCCACCUCCUCAACUUUACAUUCCUGUCAAUGGUUACCAACCAAUGCCAGCCUAUGGAGCGUAUUUGCCAAAUUUUUAUCCUGUCCAAAUCCCAAUGCAGAUGGCUCCUCAACAAAUGGCUCCUCAGAUGAUUCCAAAGCCAGCCUCCCACCAUAGUGGGAGUGGUUCUACAAGUACAGGGUAUGUAACAACUGCUCCCUCCAAUGCUUCCAUGGCUGACAGGGCUGCUCUGCUGACCGAAGGAGUAGAAGAGGCACAUAAUGUGACAGAAGAUAUUGCUCAGAGUUUGGUCCAGGAAGAGGAAGAAGAAGAGGGCUCUGUGCCUGAAACAGAAUUGUUGGGUGAUAAUGACACUCUUCAGAUGGAUGAGACAGAAUUUCAGUCAGAAUCCUAAGGAUGUUGCCUUAUCACAGGGACAAUAUUGGACUUCUUUUUAGUUUUUUGAAGACUAUAGUUCUUCCAAUUUAUACAAUCAGUGUUUUUCUUCAGACUCCUAUCUACCCAAAAGCUACAUAAAUGCAGUAAUAUUGAUAUACCGUUUUAAUGGAUUUUUUUCCAGGAGAAAUUUUCAUACAUGUUAUAGAAUAGUUAUUUUUAAAUCUAGGGUUGAAUACAGCUCUUGCAGGGAGGCUGCUUUUAUAAUAUACUGUUGCUGUGCAACAUAUAGUAGAAAUGCAUUGCACAUCAUGUAUAUCUUGAACUCUGAUUGUAUUUUUAAUGAAUUCUGGUUAAAUCAGUAACCAAAAAAAAUAGAGCUAACUUGGGAUUGUUCUGCGUGUGAAAAGAUGCCCAAAAUGUAAAAACAAAAACAAAAAAACAAAUAACUCCCGCGUAUCUUACUGAUGCAAUAAACUUUCAAGGGAAUUAUUCAUAUAUAGUUAAGGUACAGGUAAGGAGCAGAACAACAGAAACAUUUCUCUCAGUGGCCAAUCUUUUCCUACAGAAAUCAGAUAAUUAUUUUUAUGUUUGAAGUUUGACCUGAUUUAGCAGGAAGUAUAUUUUGCUACCCCAAAGAAAUGACAGGUGUAGGCUAUGCACUAACUUAAGCCAACCCCUUCUGCCUGUCCAAAGUCAAAUUCUAAUAAAACGUUUCAGAAAUAGAUCACCAUAUUUCGUUGAUCUCACUGAUCACUACAACUCUUACUUUAUUUUUCUUUAAGAUGGUGCUAGAGAUCGCAGUGAUCAGUCUGGAUUGUCAAUUCAUUUUCUUUUAGUUAAGAUGGUACUAGACAAAUGCACAUAUGUCCUUCAUUUUUAAAGAAUAGUGAUUGUAGAUUCUUAACCGAAAUAAGUGAUUUUGUACAGAGUGUAUUUGUAUGUUAUUAAUGUCUUAUUGUGAGAUGAAUCAUGUACAGAUUUUGAAAUGUAAUUUAUGUUUUCGUACAUUUAAUGUUUUUUUUUCUAAUUGCAACAUUUGGUUUUUUAAAUGCUUAUAUAAUUAUGAUUAAUAGUAUUUUAUUGGGAUUGGAACUUUGUACACUUUGGUAUGCUGAUAAAACUGGUCCAUACAUUUCACAGAAAUUUCUGUAGCAUGAAUUCUCCCUGAAUCACAUUAUAUUGUAGCCAAAUAUAAAUUAAUGUUUUAGGCUAUACAUUCAGUACAUUAACUAACCAAGCAACACAUCAGUGGUGAUUAAUUUUAACGUGUUGCAAAAAAAGAGAAAAAAGUAAAAAUGGAAAGUCUUUUUUGUUGUUGUUAUAUUUUACUUGUUAAACUGUACUUUUCCUAAGAACAUUUGGAUUUCCUUAAGGUGUAUCAUUGUGAUCUGAAGCCCAUGGUAGUGACAGGAGCUGUUCUUAUUUGUAGUUUCUUUUGAAUUUGGCUAUGCACUGGUAGUUAAACAAUGAAAAACUCUCUCGCUUGUUAAUAUAAGUGUGAGUUGGAGACUAUUAAUAAAUCAUUUAAAUAAAUU